CCCCUAGGCUUCAACUCUAGCGGUGGGUGGAUGAGUAAUGCGUCCAGGAAGCCUGGAGGCUGUGAUUUCCGCGCCAACCCCGCCCCUCGCAUGGACAUUUAUUCUCCACUGCUCAGACCCUGCCGCCAUCGCUGCAGAUCGAGCUCCUAGAGAGACAGCAGAGCAGAUACCACUAUGGCCCCCUUUGCGUCUCUGGCCUCUGGCCUCCUUUUGUUGCUAUCACUGAUAGCCUCCAGUAAGGCCUGUAGCUGCGCCCCACCCCACCCACAGACAGCCUUCUGCAACUCGGACAUAGUCAUAAGGGCUAAAUUCAUGGGGUCCCCAGAAAUCAACGAGACCACCUUAUACCAGCGUUAUGAGAUCAAGAUGAUUAAGAUGCUCAAAGGAUUCGAAGUUGUGGGGAAUGCCGCAGAUUUCCGGUUCGCCUACACUCCAGCCAUGGAGAGCCUCUGCGGAUACAUGCACAAGUCCCAGAACCGCAGCGAAGAGUUUCUCAUCGCUGGACGCUUAAGGAACGGAAAUUUGCACAUCACUGCCUGCAGCUUCUUGGUUCCCUGGCGUAGUCUGAAUCCUGCUCAGCAAAAGGCCUUCUCGAAGACCUAUAGUGCUGGCUGUGGGAUGUGCACAGUGUUUCCCUGUUCAUCCAUCCCUUGCAAACUGCAGAGUGACACUCAUUGCUUGUGGACAGAUCAGAUCUUCAUGGGCUCUGAGAAGGGCUACCAGAGCCGUAACUUUGCCUGCCUGCCACGGAAUCCAGGCCUGUGCACCUGGCAAUCCCUGGGGGCCUCGGUGACCCGGAACCUGCCCCCAGUGGAAGCGGAAGCCUGAACACUCUUUACCUCCCUUCCCUCUUUCUUUCUCUUAGAUGGUGAAAUAAAGAACUAUCACACAGCAGCA